AUGGAUGAAUUUCAAAACUCGGGACUAAAUAAAUACAAACUUGUUUUCUUAGGAGAACAAGCUGUUGGUAAAACAUCUAUAAUUACAAGAUUCAUGUAUGAUACCUUUGAUAAUAAUUACCAAUCGACUAUUGGUAUAGAUUUUUUGAGUAAAACAUUAUAUUUGGAUGAAGGUCCUGUACGCUUACAAUUGUGGGACACGGCAGGUCAGGAAAGAUUUCGAAGUUUAAUUCCAAGUUAUAUUAGGGACUCCGCAGCAGCAAUUGUUGUAUAUGAUAUUACUAAUAGACAAUCCUUUGAAAAUACCACAAAAUGGAUACAGGAUAUAUUGAAUGAGAGAGGAAAAGAUGUUAUAAUUGCUUUAGUAGGAAAUAAAACAGAUUUAGGUGAUCUUAGAAAAGUUACAUAUGAAGAAGGAAUGCAAAAAGCUCAAGAAUAUAAUACCAUGUUUCAUGAAACAAGUGCUAAAGCUGGACAUAAUAUAAAAGUUUUGUUUAAAAAAAUUGCAUCCAAACUACCAAAUUUAGAUAAUACAAAUAAUAAUGAAGCCAAUGUUGUAGAUAUACAAUUAACUAAUAAUUCAAAUAAAAAUGACAAAAAUAUGUUAAGUAAAUGCUUAUGUUAA